AUGGAUGUAUCUAGACGUAUUUUAGUUCUAGAUAUAUCCAUAUCCGAGACAAGUAUUUCCGAACGGAUGGAGUACAAUGUUUUAAUGGGUAGGCUACAGAAAGCCUCUCAUCAGGAUGUUCCAUUAGUAUCAUUUGUCAAUAGUGCAGAUUAUGAACUAUCUAGUGAUGAAGGAGGGCUCGACAUGCAAAGUUCUUUUUACGUUCUAUCUGAAUCAAAAAGUAAAAUGCUUGAAGAUGAAAUUAUCAUCUGCUUCCAGGAGGAAUGUGGUUAG